AUGGAUGAAAUUAAAACAAAAAUCGAUGUUAUUGAAAUGUUAGUUGAUGAAGAUAAUACUGAUCUAAUUGAUGCAAUUGAUAAAUUAAAAGAAGCUCAUAUUACAGUUCAAGAAACUUUUCAAAAUUAUCAAAAUACAGUUGAAGCAUUAACAUUAUUAAAUUUACAACUUGAGAUUGAUAAAACUUAUUAUAAAACAUCUUUAUUUGAUUCAAACAAGAAUUUUUUAGAAGAAUGGACUCUUGAUUUAUUAAAUGAAUUUUACAAUUAUUUUCCAAAUCAAUAUAAAGUUUAUUUUGAAAAUAUAAUAGUAAAAGAGAUU